AUGGACAGAAAAAUUGGUGGGUUCUGGCAAUCUCUCGACGUUUCGAAUCCCGUAGCAUCCUCCGCUUUCAACAAGUUUGAAUUCGAUACCUACCUGUCUCUACCUCAGAAAACGUUAAAUAUUGUUACUAUUUUCAAAUACGAGGACAACCGUUUCGUGCCUUACAAAACCAUCCCCAGUAAAAACGUAGAAAACGUGGUUUCCUUCGAAAUAGGUUUCCAAUCUUUUCUAGCCAUUGAUGGGUCAAAUGCAGGGAUAUAUCAGUUCAAAACACAUGGCUUGGAAAAAGAGAAUAUCGUCAAUUCCAAUAUGGAUGCGAUUGAAUUCUGGAUGCCAGUUCCAGUGGAAACAUAUAGAGAUGAGGUCAUACUGUUAGCACAGAGAAAUUUAAGUUAUGCCAGCCACAACAAUUAUGUAAUCGAAAUUAUUACAUACAAUGGAGCAAAAUUUGAGGAGCAUGAGGAUAUACCAUGCAUGCAUUUUGGAGAACAAGUACAAUGGUUAACUUGCCUAAGUGAAGAAAAUGGUAUUGCAGGCUCUAGUUACCUCACUGCUGGUGACAAACUUGGUUUGAUCGUUCCAAGACCAUCAAACACCUCAAUUUUGUUCAUUAUGCACUUUGAAAUAAGGCAGAUGUCAAAUCCAUUGGAAACGGAAUUAAAAAAAUUGCUUAGAGAAAAGGAAAACUUACAGAAACUGAUUGACACUCAAAUCAAAGACUAUAAAGAGUUUAAAAAUAUUUCUGGAACAUCCGAAAUAGUUGAUGCAUCACCACAUCAGGUUAUUUUAUCGAGACAAAGUGAAAAAGUUAGUGCUCCACUAGAUCAAGAACUUGAGGACUUGGUGAAAGAUAUGGCAGAAGUAAAAGAACAGGUUAAGAGGAUUAUAGAAAAAGAGAACACGACUGAGUUUGAUAUGCUCACUAUAAAUGGUGAAGUGGAAAUAGAAGGAGAAGGCAUAUUUACGGAAAUUGUGGUUGAAAAGCUCGGAGGAGAACCAGCUACUGCAUUAUUAGAAGAUUUAGUGAGAAAAGAUUCCAUUGAACAUAUAUCUGGCAACAAAAUAAUCAACAAAUUGAAUGUCAAUCAUAUCGUCUUUGAAAAAGUAAAUGGUAUCGAAGCUGCUGAUAUACUAUUUAAAAAUGAUUCUUCGGUGACAUUAUCAGGAAAUAUGACUGUACAUGGUGAUGCUGAGAUAAAAAAUGUUCAAGUUUUAACUGGACAAAUAAAUAAUCUGGAUUUGGUUAACGAAAUAGUGGAUAUGAGAAACGAAUACAACGGUUUUUUGAAUUUUGAAAAUGUGAAAGUCAAUAAGGAAUUCCAUGCUGAUAUAAUAAAUGAUAAAUAUAAUCAAAAUAACAUGUCUAGUUUUAAUAUAACUGAAUUGGACAACGUUAUACUACAUAAUUUGAAAGUUACUAAUAUUAAUGGAGAUGAUUUUGAUAUCUUUUUGAAGCAACUUUGUCUGGUUAACAUCAAAUGCUAUAUACCAGGAGUUUUAAAACUAAAUGGGAAUGUUACUGCAGAAAAGGUAUCUGUUAGUUAUUUGAAUGGUUUAAAAUUUCCAAAUGAAUACGUGUUCAGAAAAUCAGAUGGUACAUCGUUAACUAUCACAGGGCGAAAAAUAUUUAAAAACUCUCUGGUGGCACAGGAGAUAAAAUGUGGAAAAAUAGAUGGUGUCGACACUAAGAAACUUAUAACUUUGUCCACUAAUCAACCAGAAAUUCUCGGAACCAUUAUAUUUAAAGACAUAGAAGUAGUGGAUCAGUUGAAUGUCACAGGGAAGAUAUUAGGAGAGCAUGUUGAUAAAUUCCUGCCCAAUCCUACUCUGCAGUUCGUAAAAAAUAUCUCGGCUAAUGUUAAUUUCAAAAAGCUUGAGGUAAAAGGAAAUAUCAUUAUCGAGAACGACUUUAAUCACAAUAAUUUUGAAAUGAUGUUAAAUGACUUAAUUUACAAGGAUGAAGAAGCAGUGGACAUUUUUGCCAAAAAGGACUUUCCACAUGGUUUCACUGUGAAGGAGAACUUAGAAAUAGGUUCGAAUUCCAUCAACAAUAUAUUCCUGGAUUCAAUUGUCACUAAAGAUACAGAUCAAGUCCUCAACAUUACCUUCAUAAAAGGUGAUGUAGUUGCUGAUAACGUUGAAGUAGGAGGAAAAUUUAACGGUAAAAACGUAACUCAAAUAGAUCAAGAUCUGGUUAAGCUGACUGGUGAACAUCAUGUGUUAUCUACUUUUGUGUUCGAGGAAGACCUUCAAGUGGAAAACUUAGAAGUAACAGAAACAUUGAACAAUAUCACACUUGAAGAGUUUUUGUCAACGGAUGAUAAAGAAGUCGAUGAUGACAUCAAAUUCAAGAAAAUUGACGUACAUAACGUUACAGUAGAAGGCAAUUUCACUGGAAAUAUCCCAGGAUUUGAUAUCCAGGAUUUUAGUGAGAAGUAUUUGAGCCACAGCAAAGAUCAGACUAUCGAUAAACACUACGAUAUUAUUUACUCUACUAUUGACAAUUUAAAUGUUCAACGUGUAAAUAAUGAAGAUUUCGAGGACUUCUUCAGUCCUGAAAAAUUUACUGAAAAAGUUAAAGAUCUGCUGAAUACUGGUCAAAUUACAAUUCAAGAUUUUUACGUUAAAGGUCCCUUGUAUAUCGAAUCAGUGAAUGGAAUAAAUAAUAGUUAUUGGCUUCCAAAAGAUGAUUUAAAGGAAAUUGAUGGAAAAUACAAAAAAAAUCUCACUAUAGAAGGUAACAUUUUCUUCAACAUCUUGGAAAUUAAGAGACUAAGCGGUGUAAGAUGGAACUUUUUCAACAAGCAGCUCAUUCGUAAGGAUGAGGUAAACACAGUUAUAAGUGGUCGUUACACAAAUUUUUUGGGAGGUGUUAAAGUAGCCAAACUGAUUGAAUCCAAGAAGAUUAACGGGAUACCUAUUGAAAAUAUUCUUACAAAACAGGGACAACAAACUAUCAAUGGUCCUAUUGCAAUUAAGGGAAACGCAGUAUUCAAAGAAAAUGUUAACAUUUCCGAAAAUUUAAACGAUAUUGCUGUAAGCGAAAUUCUGAAAAAUAUGGAUGUAGAAAAUGGAACAUAUACCAUAAAAGAUGAUAUUCUCUUCACCAGAGUACAACAUAUUUAUAAUUUAGACGUAAGGGGAGAAGUGAAUAACAAGAGCGUCACUGAAUACUUAUCUCAUGUUGUUCGUUUAGAUGAGGAUUCUAUAUUUAAUCAAGAAUUUGUGUUUAAAGAACCCGUCAGCAUUCGUGGUAAUUUGGCUGUAGAAGAAGGGUUAAAUGGCAUUGAUUUGUCGGACAUUGGCAGUCAAAUUGUUCUAACAACAACAGAUGCGCAAAUUCAGGGUCUUGUAACGUUUAUGCAACCAGUAGUUAUAAAGGAACAGUUGACCGUAGAAAGAAAUUUCAACACAGCUACUCUAUAUGGUAUCGACUUAGACGAAUGGAAGAACAAUUCGAUAUUCCUGGACCAAGGAAUGGUUGGAGGUAUUUAUGAGUUCGAUAAAGUAAUCAUAAAAGAUUCCCUAAUAACAAAGAAACUGAAUGGCAUGGACAUGAGUUCUAUUAUUCCACUGAAAUUGGAUCAGACCAUAGACCAUUUGGAAUUUGGAGAGGUCACAGCAACAAAAGAUAUUUCAGUACUUGGUUCCGUAAACGGCUAUAGCAAUUUAUCAGACGAAUUUGAAAUCACGGUAAUGCGUGAUAAAGAUCAAAAAAUUGAGUCCAAUCUAAUUUUUAACAAAGUCGUCCUUAUCAGAGAAAACUUAUCUACCAAUUACAUUAAUGGCGUUGAUGUUUCAAAGAUAGUUACCAUCGACACCGACCAAAACCUCACUUCCUCUUUCAAUUUCAAAGCCCAGUGCAAAAUUGAUUCAGAUCUUCACGUCCAUGGCCUUGUUAAUGGAGUUAACACGACUACUUGGAAGAAUAGAAAUGUCAAAAUACACUCGUCGAUAAUACAGAAACUCUAUGACCCUUGGAGAGUUGCCAGUAAUAUGACUUUCUUUGGAAAUAUUGAAGGUGAAGGCUUCAUAAACGAUUUGAAUUUAACUAGAAUUAUGGCAGAGGUAGAACAGCGGAAGAAUUAUAAAUACACUGUUGAACGCGGUAUCAUAGAAGAUUACAAGCACAUGUGUCUAGAUGUAUCGUACAUAUACCAAGCUUUAAAGAAACAGAUCUACAAGUUCAAAUAUUUUGAGGAGCUCCAUAGUAUCACCCUCAGUAAUCCAAUACAAAAUGUUCACUAUUUCCAGUUCAGAGGCAGCCAUUACUUGUUAGUGAAUGAUAAUAAUUGUUCCUCCAAAGUGCUAGUAUUUAAGAACACCCAAUUUAAACAUCUAAACACCAUAGAAAUGGGACAUAUUAGUCAAAUCAUCACUGUUCAAGGAAACAAUAAUUUAUAUUUGGUUACCACAGACGCAAAUUUGAGGGGAAAGUGUGAGGUUCAAGGUACCAAUGUAUGGAGUUUGAAUGAAGACACGUUAAAGUUGUAUUAUAAUAUGGAGGAACAGGAUCUCUUGCAAGAGUCUGCUAUACCACUCACAUUCUACGGACUAAAUAAACAAGGUGUUGCUGAAUACAAAGUGACUUUUAAUGUUCCCAGAAAAUAUAGGAAUUGGAAUGUUUUUCAGGAAAAUGCCGCCUUCUUGCCACGAGGUUUAAAAACUGGCCUGUCUUUAAGAACUGGCUAUAAAGUAAUAUUUUUAGACCGCUCGGAUCCUACAGAAGAUGAUUACAGCGAAGACACAGAGUUUAUUAUAAGGGGAAAUACGAGUGAAGUUGUGAAUUAUUUCAUACCAGGUCGUGAUGGUGGUGACUUGGUAGUCACAAAAGUUGGUAUAAAAAGUGCUAGAAAAAAUCUUUUAGCGGUUGCCACUCAUGAGGCGACUAGUGUUAGAGGGCGGUUAGAUUUUAUAAAGAUCUACAGCGACGCUUUGAAAGGAGAGAUUUUCCAUAAAGUGCCGGCUUAUAAACCUAGUUCUCUAUUAUCUAUCGAAUUCGAUCAAGGAGAGACCUUGCUAGUAUUCAUGGAGAAUGGAAAAACUUUGCAAAUUUACGAAUACAAGGGAAUUCAAGGUUUCCAGCACAGGUCGUCAGCAAGAGUUGACGGUUCCAAACUGUUUCUGAUGACUCUGCCUGUAGAACCAUACUUGAAUCCAAGGAAAGCCAUAGGAAUUGUACACAAGAAUAGAAUUAGUAUAAUAUAUUCCGUAAUGUCUGGCAAUCAAAUUAGGGAUGAUCUAAAAUGUGAUUUGUGA